AUGAAAGACACCUACACCGAAGCUCACAUCGAGGACACGGAGAAAGGCGCGCUCCAACAUGCGGAUGUCAUUGCUUCCUUCAGUCCAAGUGAGCAGAAGAAGCUCAUUCGGCGGAUUGAUGCUCGCCUGGUGAUUACGCUGGGAUGCCUUUACUGCGUCAGCUUGCUGGAUCGGACUAAUCUUGGGGCUGCUUCUGUUGCUGGAAUGCAGGGCGACCUGAACAUGAACGCUUCCAAUAACGGCUACAGCAUCACAUCUCUGGUAUUCUUCAUCACAUACACCGUUUUCCAGAUCCCCGCUACGGUCAUCAUCCGGAAAGUCGGGCCCCGACUGUUCAUUGCGAGCAUUGUGCUCGUCUGGGGAGCUGUCAUGAUUAGCUUUGGCUUCGUCCCAAAUUGGCAAACCAUGGCUGGUCUACGCAUCAUUCUAGGCGCUCUAGAGGCUGGAAUGUAUCCCGGCAGCGUCUACCUUCUCAGUACCUGGUAUCCCCGCUACGAGCUCCAGAAGCGCAAUGCCACAUUCUACCUAAUUGGAAGCACGGCCUCAGGAUUCGGCGGUAUCCUAGCUUAUGGGUUAAUGCAAAUGGAUGGAAUAGCCGGGAAAUCUGGUUGGGAAUGGAUCUUUAUUAUCGAAGGCCUCCUGACUUGCGUCCUCGGAAUUGGCUCGUACAUCUUCCUAGUUGACUUCCCAGAGCAAUCCCCGAAAUCCUGGAAAUUUCUUAACGAAACCGAAGCAUCGUUCGUUAUUGCCCAGAUUGAAAAUGACAGAGCAGAUGCUAUUGUGGAACCCUUCUCCAUGGGAAAAUACCUCGCCAAUGGCAAAGACAGCAAAGUCUGGGCUUAUGCGGCCCUCUAUAUGCUUACAACUACAAACAGUUACUCCAUUGCCUAUUUCCUCCCUAUAAUCCUGGAGAAGAGUAUGCAUUUCUCCGUGGCAAAGGCCCAGUGCCUUGUUGCGCCGCCAUAUGUUGCUGCCGCGAUCGUUAUGUAUAUCCAGGCUGUUUACUCUGAUAAAUGGCGUUUGCGUGGUCCGGUUGUUGCUGGAAACGCGCUUAUGGGUUUGCUUGGACUUGGUUUGUUGGGGUAUCUUGAGCACCCGGCGCCUAGGUAUUUUGGGGUUUUCUUGGCUACUAUUGCUGCAAACGCAAAUUGUCCAGCUUUAGUGUCGUGGCAGAGCAACAAUAUCCGCGGACAAUGGAAGCGAGCCUUUACAUCCGCUACGCUGAUCGGCGGAGGAAGUAUUGGAGGAAUCAUUGGAACAACAGUAUUCCGCGCCCAAGAUGCACCCAAUUAUCGACCAGGUCUGCUCUGUACUAUGCUAGCCAAUGCAUUGGUUGUUGUAAUUGUGGGCGCAAUGACGCUGAAGUUCAAUCGGGCGAACAAGCGGGUCGCAUCUGGUGGAAAGCCAAUUGAAGGACAGAUUGGGUUCAAGUACACUUACUGA